UUCAUACUUGCAAUUAGGGUAAAGAAAACUUUGGUUCGAGUUCCAAGAAUCUUUUUCUAAAAAGGUCUUAACCCUUGUGUGUAUGAGCAUGAAACACGAAAUUCCUUUGCUGACCAAAAAGAGUAUUGUAGUUUAGAAGACUGUGUAAAUUAUUGGUGCCUUGCCAGUUAUUUAGCCCUGCUUUUUUACACAAAAAAGCAACAAGAUGAUACCUUACUUUAAUCCGUUUCCUGUAGUAUUCGAUCACCGUAUCUUGAAUGAAUAACCGAUUAAUAAAUACUGGCAUAAAAUUCUUGAUUUUAAAUUGCUGAAGAGUCCUAGAUUACACCCAAAAAAUACAAAAAAAAAAAAAAACAAUUCAUGGACUCUGCACUUUGCCUUCCUUUUUGUCCCCUGCAUUUCCGUAUCAACAAGAGUAGUACAACAAGGGUACUACUAAGCAAGCCACAUUUUACCUUUGACCCUUCACCAUUGUCAUCAUUUCCUAAUGGUUUAGGAUUUCGCAGACAGCAACGACGAACCUACAGUAAUGUGGUUUUCGCGAUGGAUAGGUUGUCGAAACCAGCUACGAAAGAAAAGAAAGGUGGCAAUCAUGAAAUUGUGAUAGGGACAGUGGGAGCAUCUUUGGUUUUGGCUUGUGCUGUUGCAAUGAUGGGUUGCAGUGGUAAGUUGAGCGCCAAAGCCUGUCAAAAUUCUAUUCCAACACCACCCGGAAUGGCAGACUCUGUUUCAACUACCAAGGGUGCACUUAACUCAUUGUUGGAUACUACUGUUAAGUUAGCCUCACCUAAAGUACAAUCCAUAAGGGUUAAUAAAAAGUUUGACGAAGUCACAAAGCCUUCCAAGGACGAUGUUGAUAACCUUAAGAUGGAAGCAGUGAACCUAAUGAAAGCUGGACAAGGUGAAGUUGCAGCGGCAAAGCUAUGGAAGUUAUGGAAGUUAUAUGAGCAAAAGAAUGACCCAGAACCUAAACACUUUGUUAAAAUGGCAUUAGUGGAAAUUCUGAUUGCUCAGGGAAAAUACGAGGAAGCUUCCAAACUUCUCGAAGUCGUCCCUCUACCUAAAGGUUGUGAAAUAUCAGAUGCCCGACCUUAUCUUUACAAGGCUAUUCUAUGCAUCAUGAAUGGUGAUGAUAAAAAAGCAGAGAUAUAUUGGAAAAUGUUCACAGGCCAAGAUCAAGAUGAUCAGUCUGGAGGUCCUAACCGAAGAGAAAAAGAUGAUCCGUCUGGACGUCUAACCCAAAAAAACAAUAAUGAUCAAUCUGGACGCUUUUCCUCUUUCUGGAGGCGUUAACCCAAAUAACAAUGAUGAUCAAUCUGGAGGCUUCCCCUUUUCUUUUCGCUGCUUCUAUCUAUCUAUAUAUAUAUAUAUAUAUAUAUGUGUGUCUCUUCCACAACUUGAUUAGCUUGGUGUUUCCUCUCUAGCUAUGUAAACGUAAAUUGUGCCUAAUAAAAAUGAAUGGUAUCAUUUUGUCAUGUGUUCAA